GUUACAUAAGUGUUAGUAAUGUUGAAAUGGAAAUCAUUUGUGUUUAGAGUUUCGUUAAACUCUUGUGAGAUUUGAUUGAAACGAGAAAUGAGGAAGAUCCCGAAGUGCGCCCGAUGUCGGAAUCACGGCCAAGACGUGCCUUUCAAAGGCCACAAAAGGAAGUGUAGGUAUAAGCACUGCACGUGUGAUAAAUGCAUACUAAUUGUCGAGAGACAGAAGAUUUUGGCCGCGCAGAAUGCACUCAAAAGACAACAACAACAGGAAGACGAGACUCACAAUGAGUUAGAAGAGCUUCCCGAAGGAGGGGGCCCAGCAGGAGGUCUAGGAGGAGGCACAGGAGAAGGGCCGUCAAACUCCUCGACCGACUCGAACCAAACCAAUGCACAACCAAAGAGUGCCAAAAGUAGAGACAAAGCCAUAGACGUCGACUCCGACUUUGAAGAUGACGAUGACAUGGAUUCCAACUCCUUCUCGAACCCCAAUUCCGACUCUUCCGACAGCACCGAUUCUGGUUCAGAAUCUGAUGGAAGUCUGACCCAAAAAAAAGUGGGGAAACUGAAGAAGCUUUUGGAGAAAAGGGGUUUAGUUCCCAAUGACUGCGUCUAUUACUUAUUGUCUACCAUUUUGUACGACAAUAACAAGAAUGUUAAGAAAUCUGCCCAAAAGAUUUUCAAAUCCAUAUCAGACUUGAGUCGAGAAGUCAUGGAAUCAUACAAUGGUUCCAAACAUAAGAGCCAUAAAUCCAAGAAUAAGAAAAAAGGAGACAACCAUUCACAUCAUUCAAACCAUUCAAAUCAGACAGCGCCGCACACCUCAUCUACUAUCCCCAUGCCAUCGGUGGUGGUGCCGGUCUCACACGCCCACAAACUAAGGAUCACUUCUCCAUUGAAAAAAAAUGCCCGAAAGAGCACUAAUAACCCGUAA